AUGGAUCGAAACCACGUACUGCUAGCCUCGGAAAAUGCUAGGGCGUCCCCUGUAUGCGACGCGCACCAUCAGCCGCGGGACGGUGUGAAAAAUAUUAAACGGGUACCGUCGGCCCAGCGACGACGGUUAAAGAAGCGAGUUGGAGAGUGGAGAUGUGCCACUUGGAACAUCGGCACAAUGACUGGAAGAAGCAGGGAGAUAGCAGAGACCAUGAAGCAGAGAAAAGUGAAAAUACUCUGUGUGCAAGAAGUAAGGUGGAGGGACGGCGGAGUAAGGGAAAUCGGAGAAGGUUAUAAGCUGUACUACUCCGGAAGCAGAACGGGAAGAAACGGUGUGGGUAUCAUCCUCGAUGAAGAGCUCAAGCAAAGGGUGGCGGAAGUCCAAAGGCCCUCAGACAGGUUGAUGACAAUUAAGGUGCUAGCAGCAAAGAGUCUGAUCAACAUCAUGAGUGGUUACGCUCCACAGAUUGGCUGUGAAGAUCAAGAGAAGGAAGAGUUCAGAGAACAACUUGAACAGAGUGUUAGAGAGAUCCCUGAGAAAGAAGAAAUCAUCCUAGGAACUGAUCAGAACUGUCAUGUAGGAAAAACAGCAAGAGGUUAUGAAGCAUGUCAUGGCGGUUUUGGAUAUGGCCUGAGAAACGAGGAAGGAGAGAAAAUGCUAGAGACAUUGGAGAGCUUGGAACUGGUCUUGGUAAACACCGGAUUCAAGAAGAGAGAUGAACAUCUAACAACAUACCGAAGUGGAGAUAGCAGUUCCCAGAUCGACUUCCUAGUGGUGAGAGAUGCAAAAGUGAUUCCCGGUGAGGCAGUUGCUCACCAGCACAGACUGCUGGUCAUGGAUGGGACAUCCUCUAAGAAAAGGAAAGGAGAAACAACAGGAAAGAAGCUGCAGAAGAUCAAGGUGUGGAAACUACGGGAAUGUACUGGAGAAUACAGAAGAGAACGAAUAGGAAGAGCUAACAGAACUACCAGCAGUGGAAGGUCCGAUACAGCAAGUAAGCCUGCAGGAGAUCUUAAAAAAGAUUUGGAAUGGAGAGAACAUCCCAGAAGAUUGGAGGACAAGUAUACUAGUGCCAGUGUAGAAACAGAAAGCUGA